AAAACAAAGAAAAGAAAAAAAGAGCUAAAAACAAAUUAAAAGAUUGAAGCAGAAGAAGCAAGCUAAGCACAUGAUGAAGAGCAAGGCAAGGCAGGGAUAAUCUUUAUUUUAAAAAAGGAAAGAAAAAAUGUCUGCUGGUAGCUAUAUAUACGCGUACGCGCGGGCACUGACUACUUCAUCAACCAAUCUGCCCUCCAGUGUGUGUUAGUGUCGACCACUCACAUAUGGCCAUUGUUCUGGAUGCGUUCGCGUCAUACGUCGGCGACCUGCUCAAGCAGGUGGCCAAGGACGAGGUCAACCUCCUCUUCGGCGUCUCCGGUGAGAUCGCCACCCUCCACGACAAGCUGCGCAUCCUCAAGGACUACCUCGCUGACGCCGAUCGCCGACGUAUCACCGACCAGAGUGUCCAAGGGUGGGUGACGAAGCUCAAGCACGCCAUGUACGACGCCACCGACAUCCUCGACCUCUGCCACCUCAAGGCCAUGCAGCGCCAGCGCGGUGGUGGCAGCUCAUCCUCCUCCAACCCUGUGGGCUGCCUGGACUCGCUGCUCUUCUGCCUCCGCAAUCCACUCUUCGCCCACGACAUUGGAAGCCGCAUCAAGGCGCUCAACACCAGGCUCGACGCCAUCUGCAAGAGCGCUGCCGCUUUCAGCUUCCUCAAGCUGGAGGCCUACGAGGACAUGGCAGCGCCCCGACGGUCCAGCGCCACCGACCGCAGGACGGACCCGGUGCUGGGGAAGGAGAGAUCGGGUGUUGUUGGGGAGAAAAUCGAGGAGGACACCAGCGCGCUGGUGCAAAGGCUCACCAACGGCAACACGGCUAUGACAACGAUCAUGGUGGUUGCCGUGGUGGGCACCGGCGGGAUCGGCAAGACGACGCUGGCGAAGAAGGUGUUCAACGACGAGACCAUCCAGAAAGCAUUCCACAAGAAGAUAUGGCUGAGCGUGACGGAAGACGAGAACGAGGUGGAGCUCCUGAGGGAGGCCAUCAAGUCCGCCGGCGGCGGCAGUGGCGCCGGCGAUGCUCGAGACAGCAACAGCAAGUCCCUUCUUGUCGACGCCAUCAGGAACAAGAGGUUCUUCCUUGUGCUAGACGACAUGUGGAGUGACAGGGCAUGGUGGAACCUGCUCAGGGAGCCCUUCAGCCAUGGCGCCGUCGGCAGCCGUGUCCUCAUAACCACUCGACAUGACGACGUUGCCCGAGGGAUGCAAGCCGUCCGCCCCUUCCACCACGUCCACAAACUGUAUCCUCGAGAUGCCUGGUCACUCCUCAAGAAACAGGUAGCGUCAAGUGAUAUGGAGGAGCUUGAAAUUGACGACAUGCUCAAGGACAUCGGAAUGGAAAUAAUAGACAAAUGUGACGGAUUACCUCUUGCUGUAAAAGUAAUGGGAGGACUGUUGCGCAGGAGGGAGAAACAGAGAGCCGAUUGGGAACAAGUUCUGCAAGAUUUUAUAUGGUCAGUACCUCCUGGUGAACUAAAUGAUGCGGUAUACCUGAGCUAUCAAGAUUUGCCUUCUUGUUUGAAGCAGUGCUUUCUGCACUACUCCCUCCUCCCAAAAAAUGUAGAAUUCUACGAUGUCACGGUCAUUGGCAUGUGGAUAAGUGAAGGAUUUCUUCACGGGGACACUGAUGAUUUAGAAAAAUUAGGAGAAAGGUACUAUCAAGAGUUAAUUUACAGAAACCUAAUAGAGCCAGAUGUAGAAUACGCUGAUCAAUGUGUUAGCACCAUGCAUGAUGUCAUUCGUUCAUUUGCUCAAGAUAUCUCUAGAGAUGAAGCACUUGUAGUUUCAACUUCAGAUGAAAGAGGCAAAGGUGCACUUAGAUCACAAAAGUUUCUUAGGCUGUCUGUAGAAACCAAUGAUUUUCAACCGAACGAUGAACUUGAGUGGAAACUCAUACAAGGCCAGGGAUCACUUAGAACACUAAUAGUGAUUGGCGAGCUCAAGAUUGACCAUGGGGAUUCGUUGAUUAAUUUUACAAGCCUAAGGACUCUGCACAUAGAAGACACAAAUUGUAGUGCAUCCUUGGUUGAAUCCUUGCACCAACUCAAGCACUUGAGGUAUCUGUUCCUAGAAUGCAGCGACAUAGCUAGACUACUACAGAACAUCAGCAAACUCAAAUUAUUGCAGUACCUUGAGAUUAUAUCUGAAAAUUUGGUCAGACUUCCUAACAGCAUUGUAAAGCUAGGGCAGCUUAGGCAUCUUGACCUUCUAGGCAUAAGCAUAAGUGGCAUACCCCGACAGUUCUGUCGACUGACAAAUUUGAGGUAUUUGUAUGGGUUUCCUGUACAAGCAGAUGGUGACUGGUGUAGUUUACAAGAGCUGGGUCCUCUUGCUAAGCUACGGAGACUUGCACUAAGAAAGCUAGAGAAUGUACCCGUUACCUCCUUGGCUAGAGAGGCUAGGCUUGGUGAGAAGUUGCAUCUUCGCUACUUGAGAUUAGAGUGUAGCAGUAGACUUGGUGAAGAUGGAAAAUAUUGA